CAACGUUUCUGCUCAUUUCUAUAGCACAAACACAUGUACAGAUGUACACACAAACUGUGGUAUUUUCCAGAAUUUUUUUUGUUCACAUGCGCCUAUAAUACUACUAUCCCUAAGUUUAAUGACCAAUUAAGCUAGAAACAGACAAUUUGAAGCAUUCGCAGAAGAAAAUCAAUACCUUAUAAAUACCGCUAAACGGAAAUAUCUAGCCAAAUGGAUUUUGUAAACUCUGCAAUAAAAGAAAAUGAUUGGGAAGCAGCUUUAAACGGAUUAAAUGAACUGCUCAAAUCAGACCCAGUUUUGCUGGAUGGAUACCUCAAGCGGGCUACGGUCUAUAAUUCCAUGCAGAAGCCUUUACGGGCACGCAAGGAUGCUGAAUGUGCUGUAAUUAUAGCAUUGUACACGAAAAAUGGAAUGGCCUGCGGAAAUGCACAAAUACUGAGGGGAAUUAGUUACUUUUGUACAGAGGAAUACGCAAACGCCGGGCUCUGUUUUCAAUGGGCAAAAGAACACAUUUAUAAAGAUAAGGAACUCGAAUCUUGGAUAGCAAAAACCGAAAAAGAACUAGCGAAUGCUACAGAGGAGGAGAUGAAGACAGUAACGGUAACGAAACGACCCCAGAACAACGAACUUGAGAAUUUGAUCAAGGACUUGUCACUUAGUCUUGACAAAAAAGAACAAUGUUCAGCAAAAACAACAGCGGUAAAAGCAACAACGUUAGCUCAGAAAGUACGAUACGACUGGUCCCAGUCGGAUAACUACGUGAGCAUAGACAUUUAUGCCAAAAAUGUCGACCCCAGUUCCGUACAUUACGAACUCACUUGCAAUAAUCUUUCCCUAAACUUUGCACUACCUGACAACAGUGUAUACACCCUUACGCUAGAACCACUGUACGAUGAGAUUGCAACGGAAGAUUCAACCUUAGACAUUCGCAGGACCAAAAUAGAGAUCAGUUUGAAGAAACGAAAUGGAUGUAUAAAAUGGGAGGCGUUACAACAAAAAGAUAAUCAUUCCAAUAUCCAGAGAGUGCACUCUUCCGUAUCAACAACUCCAUCCUCAGCUACUGCAACUUCACAUAAACAAAAUAAAAAAAACUGGGAUAAUCUGGUAGCAGAAUUGGAAGAGGAUGAACCGCAAGCAUCGGGAGAAGCCGCCCUUAACAAUUUAUUUCAACAAAUCUAUCAUGAUGCCGACGAUGACACACGCCGUGCGAUGAUGAAAAGCUUUGUUGAAAGCAAUGGUACUGCACUCUCAACGAACUGGAACGAUGUAGGUACGCGAAAGUUUGAAACGAAGCCUCCGAAAGGAGUUGAACCGAAGAAAUGGUAGCACGUAUUUCAGAGAAUAAAUACAUAUUGAACAAGAACGGGACAGCAUAUGUGGCAAUGCUUUUCAGAAAUUAAUGUCGGUAAAUUUCAGUAACAUAGCCAAAGACAAUAAUAAAGGAAUCAAAUAUGAAGGCCAAAAAAGAGCUGCAAAAUAAAAAUGAACUAGCAAAAAACA